AUUUAUUUUAGGCAAUAGUUCUUGUCCACCAUUCUGUCCCGGAUGAUAGUGUUGGCCUUCUGGUAGCCGUUGAUCGUUGAAAGCGCCCUUUCAUUUUGAACUGCUUUUUUGAAAAAACUUUAGAAGAAACGAGGACCCACAUGAUAUGAGAUUUUAAUUUCACCAUCUUCCUUAAUUUGACAUCGGCGGUUUGCCAGAAUUAGAUCAGGCAUCCGUUUGUCAAAAAGGAAAUCUUACCCAACGACAGUAGCACCUUGAUUUGAAGGGGGGGAAACAAGAACUGGUUAAUCCGUUUUUUCCCUAUUAUCUUCUUCCCCUUCUAUUGAUUUCAAACUAUUAUUUUCCCAGGAAAGAAAAAAGAACAGUGAAUUAAUGCUUAGUCUUUCUGAUUUCCUUAUCUCCCCUGCUUUCCUGGAAAGGGAUCCAAUCUCAUUUUGAUUUCCACCUCCGUUUUCUCACUCGGUUUAUAUCUCAUGGGUUCCUUCUGGUUGUUGAUAUGGAAGAUGUACCUGGGAAAAUGAUGCAGAGGCUCUCUAGCCGUUACCUCUGCAAUCAAUGAACAGGUACAAAACAAUGUAAAGCUGCCCCCUUUUCCAGUUUCCUAUUAAAAAGCUCGUAUCUUUACCAACCCCUCAAAAAUCAUUCCUACGUUUCUGGGUUUUGAAUUCUGAAAUUUGCAUUUGUCGGGGGAGGGUUUUAAGGAUUUCCAGGCGCCUGUAUUCUAAUAUUCACCUCUGUCUAAUUGGGUUAUUGACCUAGCAAUCAAUCCAUCUUCCCCUGCCGCAUAUCUCUGACUCAGAGCUGGUGAAAUUGAUCUGACCAAACAAUUCCUUGACCAUGGCUGAAACCCAUCACCAUGCCAUGUUGCUGCCGGAGACUGAUGCGUUUAGUCUAAGAGAAGCACUCCAUGGGCAGCAGCAGAUCCUGCAAAAACUCUACCGCGAACUGGAUGUGGAAAGGGAAGCUGCUGCAACUGCAGCUAGUGAAGCCAUGUCCAUGAUCCUGCGCCUGCAAGGUGAGAAGGCUGCAUUGAAGAUGGAAGCCAGCCAAUACAAGAGAAUGGCAGAGGAAAAAAUGUGCCACGCGGAAGAGACGCUGGAACUCUGCGACGACAUGAUGUACCAGAAGGAGAUGGAGAUCGCAUCCCUCGAGUUCCAGCUUCAGUCUUACAGGAACAGACUUGUCAGCGUGGGUCCUAACGAUGCACCCGAGCUUGAUCUUGCAUCUCACAAAAGCGACACUUCGUUUGGGGAAAAGGGUAGUGGUGUGAGGAGGCUCAACUCGUUGCCUCAGCUUGCUUUGUUGGAUUUUAGCCAAAAGAAAGUAGGGUUUGACAGGAAACAACUUCCCUCAACUAGCACAGCUACUAUUGAUGAGGAAGCUGAAUUUCAAGAGAUUCAUGAGCUGGAGAAGAAGUUAGUGGGGGGUCAUACUGCUGGAGACUUAAAUUCUUACUGGGAACAGAUCAAGAAAUUGGACGAACGACUGAAAGAGAUGUCGGAUGGAAGCAGCAAAGAUCAUACUAGCAAAAACAAGUCUGCAAUCUGGAGAGGUGGGACGUGGUCUCAUUCAUCAUAUUCACAACUUACUGAAGGAAAUAAUGGCAAUAUUUCUGGUGAGAAUUCAACUUCACGAGACUUGGAAGUUGGUUUGAGUUCUCUUUUACAUUCCAAUAAUGGUAUGGAUGACAAUCUUGAGAGUCAAAAAAAGCGUUGUGAAUUGUUAAGGAAAGGUACAUCGUCAGGAGAGCAAGUGAAGACAGAGUUGCAAUGUCCUUCAAGCAACGAGAAGAAGAAAGCUCCCAAAGAUGCACCACUUGUUGACCAUGGUGGUUUGCCUCCUUCCCCUGCUUCAGCACACCAUCCUUUGGUGAUGCCAUGCGAUUACCAGAAGCUGAUGCGAAGAAUCGAGAGGCUGGAGAGGGGGAGGAACAAUGUGAGGCAGCACCAGGAGAUUGUUUCUUGUGGAGGAGGGCAAACAGCAGAAGAAGAGAUGCAUCUUUUGAAGGCGAUUCAAGAACAGCUGAGUGGGAUCCAGACCGAACUCAAGAGUCGAAAAGCUCAGAAACCUAUUGUUCCAGAUGAACCAUGUCUUGAUGUUCUCCAAGAGGCAAUGUUAUACUUCUGGCUAUAAGACAAUCAAUGAGUUUCAUACUGUACAUUGUUACAAACAUUACUACAUACAUUAGUUUUUGUGAGAAAAAAAGUUUAGUGUGUAGAUCUGCACUUCUCUGCAGACUGCAGGAGAUGGUGACAUUCUGAUACACAAGGCAAUGGAGUUUGUGUAUAAGUAAAUAGGCAUGACUGAUUUCUUCUUCUCUGACUCCUUCUGUUUCUGUAAAUAGGGUGAGUGCCUUUCAGUUGAAUCUUUGGCACCUUUCUGUGUACCGUGGUUGUUCUAAUGACACCCGAGGGGGGGGUCUCAUUUUACAAGAUCUUCUUGUUUAGUUAUUGGGCAAGACUACGGGCACUUUUAUUCACUAUAAACUGUUACACGUAAUUAGGAAUACAAGGUCGG